AUGGCGUCCACCGAGGAGCCGUCCGGCACGGUCUUGCACCGGCUCAUCCAAGAGCAGCUUCGCUACGGAAACCCCACCGACACCCGCACCUUACUCGCCAUCCAGCAGCAGGCACUGCGCGGGGGCAGCGGAAGCAACAGCGGGGGAGACAUGGGCCGGAGCCCAAGGUCCUCUCUGGAGAGUCUCACCCAGGAGGAGCCUGCACUCCCCCAGCUGUCCGCAAGACAAGAACCCCAGGGCCAGGAGCACCAGGGUGACUUCCACCAUUCAGAAAGUGGCUUUCAACUCUACCAGCUCCACGGUGAGGAGCUGCCCACCUAUGAGCAAGCCAAGGCGCAUUCUCAGUACCUGGCCACCCACUGGGCGCCGCCGAGCCCUGGUAGAGCGUCCCAGGAGGGGGUUUUCCACGAGGAGGUGGACGAAAUGGAGCGGAAGUGCGCCCACACUCGGUCCCUUAGCGAGCACCGCAUGCAAAUCUCGCUGGAGAGGAACGAUGCAGCUGCCAGGGCAGAGGCUGUCAAGAGUGCUUCUCACAGCUACCCUGAGUUGGCUUACUACCCCCAGUGGGGAACCCAGAGCUUGGAGAAACGCAACCCUCCACCCGAGUACUCGGCUCCCGUCCAGGGACAAGGAUUUAUCCCCCACCAGGUCCAAGAGCCGGCACAGGCCCCGCAGCACAGGUACAUUCAGUCCGGCCCACCAAGUGACAUCGCUUGCUACAAUGCAUUCGCCAGCUUGCCUUCUGCUGGUUUGGAUGAACCCAACCAAGUGGAGCUGCUGUUGAUGGAGAAUGAGAGGCUGAGGCAAGAGCUUGAGGUUCACAGGGAGAAGACCGGCCGUAUUCAGAAGUUGGAGCAGGAAAUCCAACGCAUUUCCGAGGCCUAUGAGAAACUAAUGCAUGGAAGCAGUAAGCGAGAGACUCUGGAGCAGACGCUGAGGAGGAGGCUAGUGGACGAAAUCCGCCGGUUGCAGGAUUUCAACCGAGACUUGAAGGAGAACUUGGAAAAGGCCCGGACGCAUGCCGCCAAAGAAGUGCAGGUUGCUGACCACAACCAGCACAUCAUGGCAAAACUCCUCGAGCAAAAUGAGGAGCAGAACGUGGAACGAGAGCGCAUGGAGCGAGAAGCUGAGCGGUUGCGGGCCGCAGCCGAGGAGCAGAGCCUCCGCACCAAAAGGCUUGAGGAGGCCUUGGAGGCGGCCCGAGGAAGAGGCCGUCAGUUGGAGGAGGAGUUGCGCAGGAAGAGGGCCUAUGUGGAGAAGGUGGAGAGGCUUCAGAGCGCCCUUGCUCAGCUGCAGUCCACCUGCGAGAAGAGGGAGGGUUUGGAGAUGAAGCUCAGGACAAGACUGGAGCAGGAGCUUAGGAGUUUAAGGGCUCAACAGCGCCAGUCCCAACCACCUGGAGUGACCAUGGGUUCCCUCCAAGAGCGUCUGCGGGAGCGCGAGGAACGCAUCCUGGCGCUGGAGGCCGAUAUGGUGCGCUGGGAACAGAAGUACUUGGAAGAGAGCACUAUGAGGCAAUUCGCAAUGGAGGUGGCUGCCACGGCUGCCGCACAGAGAGACACCACCAUAAUCAACCACUCCCCGUGCCACUCCUCCAACAACAGUUUCAACGAAGACCUGCCAGUCGCAGACUUCCGCAAUCAAGAAAUGGAGAACAGGAUUCGUGCUCUCUACGCUCAAAUCCUGGAAAAGGACGCCGUUAUCAAAAUCCUCACCCAGCGGCUGCACCAAGACCAAGGUCGGAAGGAUGAGCAGAGUCCUCGCACCAACCUACUGAGCGCAGCCGGGGCGCCCCUGAGACUGGCCGCGUCCACACCCUCCAUUUUCACAACAAAAAGUGCCUCCAAGAGUCGAGGUAAAAGUCUCUCUGAUGACCAGACAUUGCCGAUCCACCCGUUUUCCGCUCAGUCGGAACCUGGCACGCUGGAACGACAGACGGAAGGAUCCAAAGGCAACGAGGCCUCUGGUGUCACCAAGCUCAGCUCUGAUAUGACAACGCCAAAGAAGUUGCUACUAAACCCCUUCAAAGGCCUGGAAGAAUUAGAGUCUGACGCAGUGGAAAUCUUUAUUUAA